GCUGAUUGGAACAAAUAAACUCUCUUUCAUUAAUAAAGCUCUACAUUCGCACUUGAGGUCUUUCUGUGACACACGGGCCUUUGUGAACUUGCAGAGAUGGUGCUGAAGGCUGUUUGCGUGCUGACAGGAACCGGUGGUGUUACCGGGACCGUAUUCUUUGAGCAAGAGGGUGAAGAUGCUCCAGUGAAGCUGACCGGGGAGAUUACAGGUCUGGCCCCGGGGGAGCAUGGCUUCCACGUCCACGCCUUCGGAGACAACACCAACGGCUGUAUGAGUGCGGGACCCCACUUCAACCCCCACAACAAGACCCACGGAGGACCCAACGAUGAUGUCAGGCACAUAGGGGACCUUGGCAACGUGACAGCAGGAGCUGACAAUGUGGCUAAGAUCAACAUCCAGGACAAGAUACUGACUCUCACUGGACCACUCUCGAUCAUUGGCAGGACCAUGGUGAUCCAUGAGAAAGCUGAUGACCUGGGGAAGGGAGGCAAUGAGGAGAGUCUGAAGACGGGCAACGCUGGCAGUCGCCAGGCUUGUGGUGUUAUUGGAAUUACCCAGUAAACACUCUGCCCCUGCUGGGAAGCACAAGCCACAGCUUGAAGACCACCCAGACCCCAUUGGAAGCUCUAACCCCACAUCCACCCCCCCCCUACCUUAACCUGUAAGGCACCUCAUCUGUCAGAUGGCUUUCCUAAAAACAAAGAUUGUCUGCGGCUUUAAGAGAAUUCUUUGUCCAUUGACUUCAGUGAUGAGUUGUCUGUUUUUGGGGAAACUCUCCUCUGAAGCUGGACUCGGGAGGGCUUUCAACUCAGGGACACGGCUGACGUUGAGCACGGAUCUAAUGAAGGGCACUAGGAGGUUGUGGCUAGGGGUUGAUUGGGGGGGGGGUGUUAUAUAUAUUUACUCCUGUCUGUACACAUUGGUCCUAGCACUGCUUCUGUCUCUAAUAUGGGGGUCUAUCUUCUAUGCUGUGAGCAUGGAUUAUACACUGUGUCUGAAAUGACUUAUGUAGUUCACUACUUAUGUCCUGUGGGGUUAGUAGAGACCUGGAUGGGGGUGGG